UAUUAUCUAUAUAAAAUUCUUUCGACAUAGUGUUUGUAAUCUGUUCUGUGAUAUAAUUUCUUAAAUUAAUAAACUUAAUAUUUUUCCUAAAUAUAUUAGGAAUUAGUUGUAUUUUAGUGCUUACUUAUAAUUUCACAUAUGUUAUUAAAUUAACUUUAGUCAAUAAUAUAAUAAUGACAUAUUUUCAGUAUCCUCAACUUAUACAACGAGUAAUAUUAAGUGUUGGGUUAUGUGACAACCAAAAUAACACAUUAAACUUACUAAAAGAAGUCUAUAGAAAUGUCAUCAAUUCCCCAAGAAGGUGUGAAAAUAUUAUUACAGUUGGCCAACUAUUGAAAGUUUUAGAAAUCAGAGAUGUCCUAUCAGAGAAUAAUAUUGAACCUCUCAAGGAUAUUGCUCAAAUAAUAAACGACAAAGGCGAAAUUCUGAGACAUAUUGUUGCUUAUGAGAAUGCAUGUAGUAAAAGAGAAUAUAAUUUCUAUGCUUCUGAACCUGUUUCGCCACAGAAUGUAUCAAAAGCAGAACAAAAAAAUGAAGCAUUUGAAAAUGCACCAAAUGGCAAUCCAUAUAUUCAUGUGAAUAAUCAAAAGAAACAAAGAAUUUUUGAAACUGUUAUUGAACAGAUUGGUACUUUCUGGCGUGAUCUAGCCAGAAACUUGAAAAUUAGAGAAUGUAUUAUUGAUGAAAUUGAUAAAGAAAGUGAUUCACUUUAUUCAAAAGCAUCAAAAUUAUUGGAAAUAUAUGAAAAAAGAGCAGACACACAAAAAUGGUUAAUUGUCCUUUGUGAUGCAUUAGAACGUGCACGACGAAGAGAUUUGGCAAGAAGUAUACAAGAUAUUGUAAUGAUGAAUAUUUAAUAUACAUAACAUUUCAAAA